AAGUAGGACCCGAGAUGCGGAAGUCGGCGGAAGGUGGCUCCCGUGGCUCACAGCUCCGGCGGCUCGGUUAAUCUUUUGUAUCUAGCCCUCACCAAGAACCACCAAACUGUUUCGAUAAAUAUCAGACGUUUGGUAAAACACGAUCGAGGGUUUAGACACGGUGCUUGAAUUUGAAAUGUGUUGCUUUUUCAAGCAAAAUAGCCUAACCGCACUACUUUCACUUUUGCCUUCGACAUUUUAUUUCUGUCAAAUCUGCGUUCGUUUUCAACCGAGAAGCGAUGCAAAAACUAGCUUUUUUGGCAUAUGUGUAUGGCUAUUAUUCGUGUCUGGUGCUUCUGCAGUUGUACAGUCAGUGUUGGCGACGGAGGGAGAUUCAGUCACGUUACACACCGAUGUUGAGAGGAUCCUACAAGACAGGAUGACGUGGUUUUUUGAAGAAAAUCGCUUAGCUUUAAUUAAUGGGGAAGGCCAUAAGGUCUGUGCAGACGACGAGUGCAAAGAAAGAUUCAUAGACAGACUGAAUGUGAAUCAGGCCGGAUCUCUGACCAUCACAAACGUCAGAAACGCCGACUCUGGAGUUUAUAAGCUAAAGAUCACCAGCCGCAAAAUUGAAAAGAUCUUUAACGUUACUGUACAUGGUGUUCGAGAUAAAAUACAGAGAAAGGCAGUGAAGGAGGGAGAAUCUGUCACUUUAUACACUGGAGAAAUAAAAAACCCUCGUGAUUUGAUGAAGUGGUAUUUUAAUGAGACUCUCGUCGCUGAAAUCGUUGGAGAUCAGAGUCAGAUCUGUACGGAGGUUGAGUGUAAAGAGAGAUUCAGAGACAGACUGAAGGUUAAUCAGACUGGAUCUCUGACCAUCAUGAACAUCAGAACCACAGACUCUGGAGAAUAUAAACUACAGAUCAGCAACAGCAGCUUCAGCAUCAUUAGAAGCUACACCGUUACUGUCACCGAUUCAGGAUCAUCUUUAGUUGUUGCUGUUGUUGUUGUCGUCGUUCUUCUUUCUCUGAUCAUUGCUGCUGUGGCUUUCUGUAAGAGACGAGCAAUAAUGGAAAGUUUCAGAAGCUGCCCAAGCGUUUAUCAGAGAGCUGCAGCUGAAAACAAUGAGUUACAAUGAGACACGUAUUAACACAGAGGUUUCCAGUCCAUCAAUCAAUCAAUCAAUUAAUUAAUUGUACCACUACUGAAACCUCGGUAUUGUGAGCCAUGAAUUAUUUUAAUUAAUACAUUCACUUUUGUAUAUUUGAUACUGUAAAUACUUAACCUAAACAACACUACUUUGCGGAAACUUUGAGGUUGAAGAACAGCAGAAGGUUCAAAUUCUACAAGGAAUGAUCCAGAAAAUCUCGACAUGAAAUUAUAUCUACAGUCAAGACUGUAACUUUAACCCCAUAAAGCCUGCCACGUGAAAUAAGUCAGAAUAAGUAUCACAUUUGAUACAUUAUGUAUGUAAUGCUCACAAUAAAUAAAUAAAUAGUGAAAAAUAGCUUAUUAAAAAUGUUUCAGUCAGAGACCCAAACUCUGAAUUUGGUGCAUAUUGCAGAUGUUGAUUUUGAGAUGUGAGAUUUUUAUGGCAUUUAAUGAAAAUGAAGUAAUGAAAUAUCAGUUUUCACUCUAUCUAUCAAUAAUGUUUUUGUGAGAUUUAAAUGCUUCAUUUUCUGUACUUAAGAAAUAUAUGAAUAUGCAUUGAAAUGUAUGCAUUAAACACGAUACAGGCUUUAUAGGGUUAAAAACAUCUGGAGACGUUUCAAAACGGCUUUUUACUGAAAAUAUGCAUCUAAGGAUGUUUUGCAUACAUUUCAUGAACAUGGUUUCUGACAGCUGAAUAAGCUUUUUGCUACAAUUUUUCAUCCUGUGGAUGUUUUUAUUGUACAUAAAUAUACUUUUUAAAAAGUUAUAUAUUUAUACUACAAAUGUAAUAUGUUGUUAUUCUCUGUAAAGUAUAUUAACCCAUUGUUACAUUAUCACUUUUAUUAUUUGCCUUUUUUUGAUGGUUGGACCAGUUUUAGAUUACUUUCCUAUUUUUUCCAAUAUUUGUUUUUUUUAUAGACCGUUUCUAAUUCUCUUUCUUUAACUUUCCAUUACAAAAUUAAAAAGUGCUUUAAACAUUUAUGCAGAUGAAAUAUGAAAGCUUUCUGUAUGUGUAUAAAAAUGCAAUUAAAACAGAUUUAAAUCGCACAA